AUGUCGAUCGCCGCAAGGCUCUUCCUGCAGACUCGAAAGGUCCUCACGCGCGGCAUGGCCCUGCAACCCUGUGCUCUUCUAGAUCGCUUGACAGAGGUUCCGGACGCGGACAAUAAUGAGACUCUGCGGUAUACGGAUCAUGAGAUGACGUUCCAGCUCGCGGGUAUCCUAAACGAGAUGAAUGGGAAUGACCCUCGGUGGAAGAUUGACUUUAUUCCGUGGAUCCAGCAUCACCCUAAGGAGCUUAUUGCGCAGGGGACUCGUACCCAUUCUGAUGGCCGCAUUCCCACUCGUGCUGAGAUCGAGGCGGACCCAAGCCUAAACGACGCGCCUGACAUGUCCAUCAGGACUGCUCUUGACAAACUGCGUGUCACGAAGUCCAUCGCGAUCCAUGUUUGCAAGUGUCUCCUUCUCCAGUUCAGCAAGUUUAUCAGCUGGCUGGACACGUAA